GUUGGAGAGAUGACGGAACUAGAAACCCCACAGAAGCAGCUUGUUUUGUCUCUCCUCAAGACUCCUCAAUCAAUCAAAUGCGUCAAACAUCUCAGGUCCAUCCACGUCAUCCUUCUCCGAACGGGUCUUCACCGAACUAGUUUUGCCAUUGGAAAUUUUGUCAACUGCUGUGCAAAUCAAGGUCUCAUGUCCUACGCCGCCCAACUGUUCGACCAAAUGCCUGAACCAAACUCAUUCGUCUGGAACACCAUGAUCAGAGGAUUCCAGCAGAACCAUCAACCCAAAAAUGCCAUGCUUCUAUUCGAUCGCAUGCGGUUUGAGCCCGCUGGUCCUGAUUGUUUUACUUUUCCUUUCGUAAUACGGGCUUGUGCCGAGUUGAUGGAUCAUCUUAGAGGGCUAUGCAUUCAUGGGUUGGUAUUGAAGGUCGGGCUUGAGUUAGACACUUUUGUUGGUACGAGUUUGAUUGGAUUCUAUGGUGGUUUUGGUGAUACAAAGGCAGCUCGCCAUGUUUUCGAUGAAAUGCCAAUGAAAGAUAAGGUCGCUUGGACUGUUUUGCUGUCUUCGUGUGUAAAUAAAUGCAGUGAUCUAGAGGACGCCCGUAAACUGUUCGAUCAAAUGCCCAAUAAGGAUCUCGUGGUUUGGAAUAUCAUGAUCUUUCAGUAUAUCAAAUCUGGUGAUGUUCACAACGCAGAGGUGCUUUUCAAUUUAGCUCCUGUUAAAGAUUUGUUGAUGUACAAUACGGUUUUAGGUGCCUAUGCCCGAAAUGGCGAAAUCGAUGAUAUGCUCAAGUUUUUCCGUGAUAUGCCCACAAAAGAUUUGGUAUCUUGGAACUCGGUAAUUGGUGGAUUGGUACGGGACAGGCGAAUUGAUGAAGCUAUGAGCCAUUUCCACCAAAUGCAGACUGAAAUCGUAUACCCAAAUGAAAUCACAUUAGUAAGCCUUUUAACGGCUUGUGCUCAAGUUGGAGCUUUAGAUAUAGGCCGAUGGUUACAUUCAUAUAUCGAUAGGAACAAUCAUGGUUCAAAUAUCGUAGUUGGGACCGCUUUGGUGGAUAUGUAUUCCAAAUGUGGAGACUUGGAGAGCGCAGAAUAUGUGUUUAAUAAGUUGCAGAAUCGUGAUGUCGUUUCUUGGAAUGCCAUGAUUAUGGGAUUCUCCAUGAACGGACAAAGUAAUAUGACGUUCCAAUUCUUUUCCCGUAUGAAACAAGAAUCAGUUGUGCCAAAUGAAACCACGAUUCUCAGUGUUCUAUGUGCGUGUGUGCAUGGAGGAUUUGUAAAUGAAGGCCGAGAGUUGUUCGACAGCAUGAUUCAAGAACUCGGUAUGGUUCCUAGACUAGAGCAUUACGGUUGUAUGGUCGAUCUUCUUGGUCGGGCGGGUUUACUAGACGAAGCAUACAAGUUAAUCUGCACUAUGCCGAUGGAACCACACACAGGGGUCUGGGGUGCGCUCCUUGGAGCCUGCAAGCUCCAUAAGAACGUCGAGUUAGCCGAAACGGCUAUCAAACAUUUGAAUGAAAUCGAGCAUAACGAUGGGGGUUACCUUACUAUGAUGUCAAACAUAUACGCAAAUGCCGGAAGGUGGGACGAUGUGUCAAAGACACGAGAAUUUAUGCUACAAAAAGGGGUCGAUAAGCUUCGUGGGUGCAGUUCGAUUGAGGUGAACGGCGAGAUCCAUGAGUUUGGGGCCGAGGAAAAGAUCCAUCCGAGAGUGGAGGAGAUUCGUAAUAUGAUUGAUGAGAUCUCGAGACGUUUGCGGGCCGUGGGACACGUUUCCAGCAGAAACGAGGUGUUUUUUGAUGUUGAAGAUGAAGAGAAAGAUAAGGUUUUGGCGUAUCAUAGCGAGAAGAUGGCGGUGGCUUUUGGACUUAUUGCCACGGAGAAGGGGAGCGUGAUACGUGUAGUGAAGAAUUUGCGAAUUUGUGGCGAUUGUCAUGCCGUGAUGAAGCUAGUUUCGGAGUCGUUUGAAAGGGAAAUCGUGGUCCGAGAUCGAAGCCGGUUUCACCACUUCAAGAACGGUUGUUGCUCCUGUGGUGAUUAUUGGUAAAUUUAAGCAAAGUCGAACCCAGUUAUUCGGGUUCGGUCUCAUAAAAUGAUCAACUGAAGAAUGGGUUUUGACGACUUUCGAUUGAUCUUUCCAUGCCAUAGGUCCAAGUUGCGAGGAAGGCGAAGAAAAACAAGUAACGGAACCAUUUUCGGAGCAAAAUGCAAACAAUGAAAAUCAGGUAUAUUUUCAGAAAGUUUAGCAGACCAAAUUUGUAGUUUAGGGUUGGCAUAAUAGCAAAUAGCCACUAUGUAUCGUCAUGAGAAGGAACCUCAGCCGUUUACU